UGAUAGCUCGAAGAACAACAUUAUUUGUAGUUUUUUUAUACGAAAUUUGAACCUAAAUUGUGACUAAAAUGGGGCGAUAUAAAUGUGCCUACAACUGUGAAAGCUCCGGUGAAACUGACAUGAAGUUUUUCAAGUUUCCGCUGUACAACCAGAGAAAACUCAAGAGAUGGCUCGUCAACAUGAAGUGGAAGGACUGGACACCGUCUCGCUUCUCCGUGCUGUGCAGCAAUCAUUUUGAGGAGCAGUACAUCGACAGGACGGGCAAAUCUGUAACGCUUCGAGAAGACGCAGUUCCCACCAUAUUUUCAUCCCCUGACAAGACACAGAAAAGGAAGGCUUCCAUGAAUCCAAGAAGUAAGAGAUAUAAGUCAGCUGGUGCUAAAGCCUCACAGACGAAUCCAACUCAGUCUCCAACGACCACUCCCACCAGAGCGAAGCGCAGCGUCUCGAACAAAGAGCCCAGCCAGACAGAGGAAGAGCCUGCGGGAGACAAAGACCCAAAAAAGUCAGACAAAUGGAGGAUUAUAGUAGAUGAGGGGCUGAUGAAGAUUGAGUCUUUUCCACAUUUCUUCCAUGGAGAUUACUGCGUACCCCAGGAUAUUCAGUGGGCUCCAGAUGAUAAUGUCAGUACAGACGGUAAAGAUCCUGACAAUGUAAUAGAGGUGAAAGAGCCAUGGCAGUGGCUCGGUCUGGAUGUCCGAGGACCUUUACCGCAAACGCAAAAUGGACACAAAUACAUCUUGACGGUGACGGACUAUCACUCCAAGUGGGUGGAAGCUGUACCAAUGCAGAUGUGCCUCCCUUCACAUGUGGCAAAGCACGUCGCGGACAUAAUCGCCCACUUUGGAUACCCGCUCCGAAUCCUCUCCAGACUGCCGCAUGACAUAGUCCACAAAAUUAACAGAGAACUGAAAGAUCAGCUGAAGGUCACCCUGGCUCUCGUAGUUUAUCAUCAGCAGACGGGUACUGCAGAUCUUAUCACACAGCAGCUGAUUGACAGGAUGGUGAGCGAUCUCAUAGAGGAGCACGCGGCCGACUGGGACGUCUACCUGCCCGCUAAGGUCUUCAGUCUGUGCUUCAAAGAGCAUUCAGUGACUAAGCAGAGGCCUUUUUCAAUGCUUUGCUGUAAAGGACUGGAGCCUGUACAGUCUCCCAGAGGACUAAAUUUUGUCUACUCUAAGAUCCAAGAGAGUGCCUUCGUGAUUAGAUAGAUAUUUAAAGUGCAUUUGGGUUGGCCAGAUUUGACCCACGGACCACUAUUUGCCCACCCCUGGUGUACAGUUUGUGGCACCUGGCCUGAUUUGAAUGUGUCUCAGCUGCUGUGUUGAUUCAGCUGUGCUGCUCACUACGGUGACAGCUGUUACCAGGCUGAGAGGCGGAAAUGAAGUCCCCCCACAUGAAAGAUGCAGUCAGCAAAACGUAACACCUGUUUGUUUCAUCGAGGAGAGAAAGAGAAAGACAUGAAAGUUUACAGAGGGUCUUAUGAUGAACCUCUGUCCACUGUGGUCAAAAGGGAUUUAAUUCCACAGAACUGCACUGCUGCUGAGUGCUGAGCAAUGAAGCUCCACCAGAAUACUUUUAAGAAAUAAAAGUCUUUGUUGAAAUGUACUGGUUUGUUGAAUCAUGAUUUUUUUUUUAUCCUGACCCAAGUAUGAUUUUAAAGGUUGAUUUAAAUAAUAAUGCAUUCACAGCGUCCACUUCUUGUUUUUGGCUUUGCUUUGAUAGAGGUUUUUUUUUAAAAAGAAGAGUUCCUUACUUCAUCCUACACCCAUUUCAGACAUCAAAUGGUUAUUAUGAUUGUUUAUCUACAGUUGCUGUCAUUUCUUUUUUGUUUUGUUUCACUGCCUACAGUAUAU